CCAUUACUUUCCCAUCAUCCAUGUAGCUGAACAAACACACUCGAAUGGUCACCAUUUCGCUAAUCUUAAUACUUUUUAAUGGUCAUACAAUUUCAAAGCAAUAUGGAUCAACCAUUACUCCCCAAAAUACGCCAAUCCACCCCGCCACAUCUCAUCACCAAUGAUGCCAUCAUCCCUAUCAUCCCAACACCAAGUACUUCCUAUGUUAAUCUCCUUGCCAACUUGAAAAACCACAAAACCAGACUCACCCGUCGUUCACACUCGGCACCCUCCGUUUUCACCGACGUUAGGGAACCAUUUCAAGGCCGAAAACCGUCUGAGAAAUCGACUCCUUUCAUCGUUCGUCAAGCCUUCAUUUGGCUCAUCAUAUACAUAUUAACCGGUAUACUAAUGUUUUUAACAAGUGAAAGUUUCAAAGGCACCGAAACUUUCAAACCCGUGGAUGCUUUAUACUUCAUUGUGGUCACGCUAUGCACAAUUGGAUAUGGUGAUAUCGUCCCCAACUCAACAUUCACUAAGCUUUUCACUUGUUUCUUCAUACUAAUCGGCUUUGGAUUCAUUGAUAUAUUACUCAACGGAUUAGUUACUUACAUUUGUGACCGACAAGAAUCGGUUCUUUUAAGCACGGUCGAUGAGAAUCAAUUCAACACAAUGGUUCAAACAUACAUGAUAGAUAAAGCCAAAGGAAGAAUGAGAAUCCGAAUGAAAGUAAGCUUAGCAUUAGUAGUCGUCGUUGGGUGCAUCGCCAUCGGCACGGUAGCCGUCCAUUUUUUGGAAAAUUUGGAUUGGGUUAAUAGCUUUUAUCUCGCUGUUACAUCAGUGACAACCGUUGGUUAUGGUGAUUUUUCUUUUGAAACGUUAACGGGGAGGUGUUUUGCUGUCCUGUGGUUGCUUGUAAGCACGUUAGCUGUUGCGAGGGCUUUCCUUUACUUAACUGAGUUGAGGAUUGAGAAAAGAAAUAGAAAAAUUGCGAAAUGGGUUCUUCAGAAGAAGAUGACACUAGGAGAUUUGGUUGCUGCAGACCUCGACAAUGAUGGAUCCGUCAGUAAAUCUGAAUUUAUAAUCUACAAGCUUAAGGAGAUGGGGAAAAUUGCAGAGAAAGACAUUCUGCAGAUCUGUGACCAGUUUGAUGCACUAGACAAUAGCAAUUGUGGGAAAAUCACAGUUGCUGAUCUCAUGGAUAGUAGCUAACUAUUUGGUUUAAGAUUCGGUUAAGGCUAUGCAUCCGAUCCCGACCUUUUUCAAAUAUUUGGAGGAUCAUUCGUACAUAAAUAUUAAAAACAAAAAGAAAAAUGAAGAGUUGAAGCAGUAUAUACGGACUAUAAUGAUGUUCCAUUAAGGAGGAAUCAUAUCUUGCAAUGGAGAUAGCCUAAUUGCACAAAAGCAGAACCACAAGAAUCCGUCAUCAUUUUCAGCUUGUAAAGAAGGCAAGCAGAUAGUGUUGCAUAUAUAAUUCACAUAUGCGGAAUAUUAGACGACUGUAAAUUUGAGCAAUUCUUUGCAAAUUAUAACAAAGGGAUUCUUACUAUUUUUUUUUUUUUUGCUUGUAUUGUUAUUUAUUGUACUCCAAGCAAUGGGAUUGCCCUUGAGAAAAAGACAAUGACCCGAGAUAGAUCGACAAUCAUCCAAGCAACUUGCCUAGUCAGAGUCAGAAUAACCUACUAAGCUAAGAUCUUUGGAUGCCUUGAAUAACAAUCCAUAAAUGAGGGUAGUGUUAGAGUAGUAGCAGUUGAGUGAGUAGUUAGCCUGUUAAAGAAAGGUUAAAGAAGUUAGCAGAUAGUUACAAAAGUUAGUUAGUUAGCAGCCUUUAAUAUCAUGUGUAUAAAUACAAACCUUAAUGAGCUUUGUAAGCAAGAUAAUGAUUCAACAAAAUCUUCUCUUCAUAA